GCUUCCGGCUGUAACUGUUUGGUUCUGCGCGGAUCAGAUCGGACCGGACCUAGCUGAACCGAGAACGCUGCGAUGGUGCUCCUGGAGAGCGAGCAGUUCCUGACGGAGCUGACCAGGCUGUUCCAGAAGUGCAGGACGUCGGGCAGCGUGUACAUCACCUUGAAGAAGUAUGAUGGUCGAACUAAACCCCUUCCAAAGAAAGGUACUGUGGAGGGCUUUGAGCCCGCAGACAACAAGUGUCUGUUGAGAGCUACAGAUGGGAAAAAGAAGAUCAGCACUGUGGUGAGCUCCAAAGAAGUGAAUAAGUUUCAGAUGGCUUAUUCAAACCUGUUGAGAGCUAACAUGGAUGGGCUGAAGAAGCGGGACAAAAAGAGCAAGAGUAAGAAGAGCAAAGCAGCACAGUGAAGGACACUGAGUGCCCUGCUUUCACCAACUAACCGCCGAAUUGCUUUUUUUCCUUUGUUUUUUACUUUUGGCUACAAAGCUGGGUUUCUGAUUUCCCCCACACUAAUUGUUUUCAUGUGAGAUUAGGGUCAUUUUGUAGAAAGGGCUUGCAGUGUUAACAGGGGAGUUGGGGUAAGAAGUCAUUUAUUUCAGAUUAGCUAAUUGGUCUGUGCUGCAUGACUGUAUAUUCCUGGAUUGUAGAUUAAAAAGUCUCAGUAAUCCCUGUGAAGAGCAAAGUAUCAUUAAACAUGUUGCUUUAUCAACA